GACCAGGCAGCAUCUCUGGAGAGGAGGAAUGGGUGACGUUUGGGGUCGAGAAGAUCCUUCUUCAGACCCGGGGAGGUGGGAUCACGUGGGGACGCCAUCUUCCAGCCGAGGGCGACGAUGAAGCGGGAAGAGCGGGCGGUGAGGCGGCGCAAGGAGCCGAGGCCGUGCCGAGCGGAGCGCUCCUGUACCUUCUACCCGAUGGUAGCGGAGAGAUGAGUGCGUGGCCAGGAUGGUGUGGGUCCUUGCUGAUGUUGGCAGCCUUUAUGAGGCAGCGACAGCGAUAGAUCCCUUCGAUGGUGGGGAGGUCAGAGCCGAUGAUGGACUGGGCAGUGGUCACAACUUUCUGCAUUCUUUGAUUAGUGGCAAGUGCAUAAUAUGUGGAGCUUGCAUAUGCGAUGCAGUGAAACUGAAGGAUUGGUACAGAACAACCAUUUUGUGAUUUGAUUGUUUGAAGGUUUUCCUUUCUUAAACUUGAAGAAUAUUGAAUAACUAAUUCAACAGUUUAGAAAGCACCAUCGAAAUGCAAGAGUUGUCAAUUUCGAUUCUUCAGAAGAUCCUGUAAAUUGAGAACUGUUUGUGCAGUGGUGCUUCAAUCUAUAGGGAUGGAGGAGUGUGUGAACAAAGAGGAAGCUGAAGUUGAUGGAACCAAAUCCACUAGUUGCCAAGGAAAUGAAGAGGACUUUGUGAAUUGUAGUGCUGCAGCACAGUAUUCAGAAGAGGAAUUGUUGCCUAAAGAAUCAAAAGAUCAUCUUUCACCCACUAGUAGAUUGGUGACAGCACUAAAUACACAGUCUGAGGAUAGCCAGCAACAUGCCGGCGUCGGAGAUACCAAAGGGUUCAUUUGCAGUGCCUGUGGCUGUACAUUGAGUUGCAUUAGUUCAUUGGAUAAGCACAUGUGGAUCCAUGAUGGUGAAAAACCAUACCACUGUGCAGUGUGUGGCCAGUUAUUCACAACAAAGGACAACAUGGACAGUCUGAAGUUGCCUGAUGGAAAAUCAGUAAUAAAAGAUAACAUUGAGAGAUGUUUUAUUUCUGAAGAUCCAGAAUCAUUUUGGAAUACUAUGGUAGUUGCAGGGAUGCUGUUUGUCUGUGAAACCUGUGUGGAAGCCCAAGAGACCUCGGUUCAUAAGUGGAUGGUCCGUAGACAAAAUGAGCCUUUGCAUGCUCGUUUGCAAAGACUGGAGCGUGAAAGGACUGCAAAAAGAUAUAGACGAGCUAACGAAUCUGCAGGUGAAAGAGAAAUACGGAGACUGAGAGAUCGAGAGGCUAAACGACUGCAGAGAAUGCAUGAGUCUGAAGAUCAGAGGGCAAGAAGGUUACAACGUGACCGGGAGGCUACGAGAAUGAAAAGAGCUAAUGAGACUCCAGAAAAACGACAGGCACGACUUGUGCGAGAAAGGGAAGCAAGACGGAUAAGGCAAAGUUUACAGAAAAUAGAUCCUGAUCUAUCAGUUCAUAUUUCUUAGUGGCCCACAUCAGCUCAAUUCCUUCCAGCUUCAUGUACCUCUUCCUGAUACGGAAAAUGAAGAUAAAGAUGUGCAACUGGGGCUUUAUAUUUGUUCUGAAAUGAUGCAUCUAGAAUACGUUCCUUCAGUUUAACAACUGCCCGAAUCAUCAUGUAAUUUGGAUCGGAUGGACAGCAAUAUAGAUACAGGAUGGAAACAAAGUAAAGGACACAAAAUUAAGAUGAUUUCCAUAAUGGUAAAUUGACAUAAUUGCAUAAAACUUUAAAAUACACUUUUGAGAUGGUGAUCUCAAGUUCAAUGGUUUUGUUACUUUAUUUAAUUCUAAACCGGAAUUAUAUGAACCAUUCUUCGUGCGUUAAGUUAUUUCAGUGCGCUUUCAAAUGAAUGUUGUGCUGAAUUCUUCUAUGUUAUUUGGACUUUGGCUAGAUUUUUUAAAAUCACAAACAAGAUGAAGUUAUUGAUCCUAAAUAUUAUCUACUUCUGAAUCCAACAAUGCUGCUGCACUUAGCAAACGUUUUUUAUUUUCUUUUGGGCAAAUAAGAUUUCCCUUUUGAAGCAAACAAUGGAUAUCCUCAUACCACAAGUACCAUUUUCUUGUAAUGGACUACUGUAAUUUACUGACAAUGAAAAUCAUGACAGGCUUGCUCAAUCUCUGCUGGUAUUAAUAAUGCAAUUCAGCUUUCAAUUUGAUGAAGUGCUUAUGAAAAUCAAUCCAAGUGUUUGUGGAAGCAUCAUCUUAAUAUUCAUAAUAUAAAAUGCAGGUCAGGCAGCAUGCUGCAGUUCCUUUUUUAUUACAUCUCAAUAUUAAUUCUACGUACAAUACUUGUAAUCAUACGCACUAAUUCACAAGGCUAAAAUAUAUUUUGUGGAUCCUGGGU